AUGGUUGGGUCCUCGUUCGAUGCGCAUGCGCCCCUGGAGGGAUUCAAGCUUCGAGGAAAAGACAAGCUGGCUUUCGUGUCGGACAUGUUUGACCGCGUCGCGCCCACCUACGACCUGCUGAACCACUUCAUAUCGCUCGGGAACACCACGAUCUGGAGGCUCCUCGCGCUCACCCGCUUAGCGGGCCGCAAAGGGGUGCUGAAACCGGGUUCGAAGAUCCUUGACGUCGGGUGCGGCACCGGAUGGGUCACGUGGUUCUUCGGAUGGUACUACCGCGGCAUGGCGCUGGAUGUCGAGGGCAUGGACUGCUCCAAGGUGAUGCUGGAUGAGGCGAGGAAGGUUAAUCCCGGUGCGAAGUUCACCCUCGGGGACGUGUGCGACUUGCGAUACGAAACCGAUUCAUUCGACGUGGUCACGACGGUGUACACCCUGCGAAACUUCCCGGAUCUGGACAAGGGCGUGGGAGAGAUGUACCGGGUGACCAAGCCCGGCGGUUUCGUGGUCAUCGUGGACGCGUUCCCGCCGGGUAACGCGUGCGUGCGGUGGGUGCUGGAACUUUGGCUGGAGCGCGUCAUGCCGCGGAUAGCGGCGGUGUUCAUGAACGAUCCCAAGGCGUACAGAUACCUCAGCGCGAGCAUAAGGUCCACGGUGGCGGUCGGGCGGGUGGGUGAGAUGCUCGAGGAGCUCGGGGCUGAGGUGGAGGUGAGAGAGUACACGUUCGGGACGGCGGCGAGGGUCGUGGCGAGGAAACCGAGUCUAUCCGAGUGA